AUGGCCGAAGACCGCCGAAAGAGCCGCGGCCGGAAGAGGAAAGCUGGCGCCGUUUCUUCAGUAAGCGGCGGCAGCAACCCCAAAAUCCAGAUCUGGAAUCCGGCCAUCCAUCGAUUUAAAGAGGAAAGUACCGGCGGCUUUCUACCGGACGAUGUCGUGAUCGAGAUCUUAAUGAACCUUCCAUCCGGCUCCUGCAUCGCAAGAUUCCGCUGCGUCUGCAAACUGUGGAACAACCGUCUCUCCUACCCAGGUUCCAUUUACAACGUACUCUUCACCCCCAACAUUAAUCUCACCGGAGACAGCGAAAUUGCCCAGAUCCUAAUAAAGGGCGCCGAAGUCGGCGUCGACUCUUACCGCACCGUCUACUCCCUGCGCUCCUACAAAGUUCUGAAACCCAUCUCCCCGAUUGGCGACGUAAAGUUUUAUGACAAUAAACCUGCCGACAUUUUCCUCUGGAACCCGGCAACUUCCGAGACGAAGAUUCUGCCGCCUUCACCAUUCGGAAAGGCCGGCUGUUCGGAGAGCCGAUUGGGUUCGGGUUUGAUCCUGUUUCCAACGACUAUAAGCCCAGCCGCCGACCCGAGAUUCCUGGAGACUGGAGAGGAGACUUACUCAUCCGCCGCCCCGCGACGCCGCUCCGCCGCCUUCCAUCCUUCCCUCUCCUGUUCUCCUCCCUCUCCGACUCUGCAGACGGCCGACGCUCUGCCCUCCCGCUCUUGCACGACGAGUCGACGACUUCCUCUUCCCCAGUCGCCGCCGCUCUAGGCCAGAGAGGGUAGAGGCAGAGGCGCAGAGGCAGAGCUACCCCUGCUCCUGGAGGCUAAACAGAGGCCAGAGAACAGGACAGCAACAGCAGCAGCCAGCCACAGCAACAGCAGCAGCCAGCCAGCAGAUUGA